ACGGAGUUAGGGAAUUUAGGUCUACCUUUACUACUUAUUUUAUUUGUUUACUAGGAUUGAGAAUGCCGAUUACUGACAAGGAUAUACCCUGUGUAAGGGCUAUUCAUAGCUGUGCGAAAUGCAAUCGACCAUUCAAGGGAAAGGAUUCUAAAGAGAGUUAUAUUAAGCAUAUAGAACACAGUUCAAAACAUAAAAUCUCGAAGGCUAGUGUACCCGAAAGCUGUGGUCAAUGUGGUCGAUACUUUUCAAGCACGAGAGCUUUAAUUCAACACUUGAAAAAAAGUCGCCAUCAUUUGAAAGAUUUGCACCACGCCGCUUGCACGGGGAAAUUUCAACUCGUGGAGAAAUUAAUGAGAAAUGAGAUGGCAGAUUCGCCAGGAGAUUCUCAUCAACCGUCGAAACCUCAGAUGGGAUUCACGCCGAUGCAUUGUGCUGCCUUCGGCGGCCACGAAGAGUGUUUGACGAUCAUGCUUAGCUGGGCCGAUGGAGAUCCAAAUGUUGUUGAUCCCAAAGAUGGCAAAACUCCUGUUCAUCUAGCAGCAUGGAAAGGACACGGGAAUUGUCUCAGAUUACUGCUCAAGAAGGGUGGUGAUAUAUCUAGACCUGAUCGCAAUGGAAACACUCCAAUGUCUUUAGCAAAAGAUAGAUAUUGUAUGUAUGUAGUUGGAUAUCAUUUGGCUGCAAGGCAAUUCAAGCUGAUGAUGGAACCGUUAUGUGACAAUCUACGCCGUGUAAAUAUUGCAGAGGUACCCACGCAAAUCGAAGGUCGUGAAGAACCAAGGCAGGCUGAAGAAGUCAGUCCAUCAAAUAUUCAAGACAAAUCCAGUGAACCUUAUGAAGUUCUUGCGAGGGGCGAGUUGGCAGUUGAAAUAUUUAACAAGGCACUACUUGAGGGGAAAGCUUGUGUACCUCGUAUGCAGCUCACCGUGAUUGGAGAUGUAGGCGUGGGCAAGACAAGCCUGGUACGUUCUCUUAGUGGAGAAGAUUUUGUAGAAGAACGGGAAGAAACUCGUGGAAUCGUCACAUCCAUGGUUGAGAUGACAGAAUUAGACGAGUCGUGGCAUGCGGUUGACCUGAAUAAUUCCAUUGUAGAUGACAUUUUAGCUGAGAAAGUGUGUCAGGGAAUUAGAGGUACCCCAGUAAAAGGCCAGUCUAAUGAUUCUCAUGGGAAACAACCUGGUUGUUCUCAGUCAAGACUGUCUUUUCCCCCAACCAAUUUCAGGCGACUUGCUAGCAUAGAAGGUCCAUCUACUUCAGGAGGUACUGGAAUAAGAAGCAACGCGGAUGAAACAAGUAUGGUAAAUAUGUCUCCUUCUGCAAGUCCCAGUCUUCUAUUUGGAGACACCCCUUCACGUACCAUGCCAGUCGAUCAAAUCAAGCGAAAGCUGAGUCUCCCUGUGGGAACGUCACCGAAUGAUAGCGAGAAGAAGUACACUAAAAUCAGCAUUUGGGACUUUGCAGGCCACUCUUUGUAUGAAGCAAUGCACCAUGUUUUCCUAAAUCGGCGUUCAUUUUAUCUUGUUGUAUUGAAUUUGGUUCGGCUGUGUAACCCUGAGACUGUUAACCAAGCCUUAGAGGAGAUACACUUUUGGCUCAAUUCCGUACGCGUACAUACUCCUCACACGACACCUGUGUUCCUCGUAGGAACGCGUCGCGCUGAAGUGGCGAACGAAGAUUUGGCUACUGCAGAGAGUGUCCUUUAUGAUGAAUUGGUAGAGAGCUUUGGGCAACAACUGGUUAAUAGUAAAGAACAAAGCUUCUUGUUUCCGGUGGAAAACGCCCUAGGUGGUGAAGACUCUGGUGCCAUAGCCUUAAGGAAAGCCAUCGAAAAUGAAGCUGCUCUCUUACGGAAAAUGGACGAGGAACUUCCUGUGUUGUGGCUACAUUUUGAAGAGGAAAUUCUGAAGUGCAGGGAUCAUCCACUUUUCCCACCUUGUGUGCGCAAGAUCAACCUGAAACGCAUGAUGGAGCAGAAUACUUCCCGUGUUGUCGAAGAAAGAGAGUUUGACAGCAUGCUGCAUUUCUACCAUGACAGCGGAGUGAUAAUCCUACCAGAGGAGCUGAUCGGACCGACGACGUAUCACUCCGAGCUGAACGACUUGGUGGUCAUCAAUCCACAAUACCUAGUCGAUGUUAUGACUUGUCUUCACGAUGUUACCGACCACCUGGAUAUUGAUCGUAGACACCGUAGUCAGUGGAAGACCUUGCAAGAGGAAGGAGUGGCUGACAUCGAGCUUCUUAAGUUUUUAUGGGAAAAAUUCAGAAGCCCUAUUGCUGAGCUUGUUGGUAUCUUGGAAGCUUCAGGUAUGCUGUGCCCAAUCUCUGCCUCAGCUGAGGUAAAAGACCACGAAGAUGGCACCGUUCCAGUUGAAGGUGACGAGAAUAGUGCUCAAAUCAGCAAAUACAUUGUUCCAUUUCACCUAAAAGAGAAAAGCUUGAUGAGAAAGUGGGAAAAGCUUUGUCAGAAAAGCUGGUCUGGAAUUUGUACCUCAGACAAACUCCUCGUGUUUGAUUUCCGUAGUUUCCUACCUCCCGCUCUCUUUAACUACUUUAUUGUUCGUACAAGCGCAAGAAGCAAAGACAGCAGUGGUAUGAAACCGAUCAUCACCAAAGGGAUGGCCAUAUUUUCAUUUGAAGAUAGUUUCUUUCUUCUUACGGAGAUGUGUCAGAAACACAACCAAAUUCGAAUCAGGGCAAGGUACAAGAAUGGCAAGAAGCUCCACAAAUUGUUUAACAUACUUAUGUCAAUAAUGACAGACAUUUGUCAGCGCCAGUUUAGAUUUCUUAAGUUCAGCUUUGGGCCUGUCUGUCCUAACCCACGUUGCCCUGGGUCAUCCAGUGACGGAACGGUUCGCCGAGCGGAAACCUCCUCUGAUGAAAGUGAUGAAGGCGAUGAUGAUGGAGAGUGCGAAGGUGGUGGGCUCGUGUCCUCUGUCCAUUCCCCAGCCGAAGGCGUUCGUCGCCACGUAAUCUGCAUUGACCCAACUGUACCAUCUAAGCCCAUGUGGUGUAACUCUACGCCAGUCCACGAAUUUGAAGAAAUUAAACAGUGGUUUGUCGAGCCGCAAGAUGGCAGUUCUAAGGUCCCAGAGGAUUCUCAUUGUUAUUCUGGUAAGUCAAUUUCCAUGUUGAAAACAAGAACUUCCUCUUUACUUCACCAUUUUCUACAUGCCCUUUUGAAACAAGUUCAGAGUUGCUGUCUUGUCGUAGUCGCCAAGCAACUGGCCAACAAUUGGAAGUGGCUUGGAAGAGCCCUUCUUGUACCAAAUACAACCAUUCAAAACAUCCAAGUUGAAAACAGCUCAGAGAACGAAAGAUCUUAUCAAGUCCUCAUCCAUUGGGAGCAAACCGUGGGCCACAAAGCGACUGUGCUUGAACUGAUAAAAGCAAUUGAAGAGGUUGGCGACGUUCCAACUUUGGAGGCAUUUGAGCAACACCUUGGUGAUCGUCACGUUAAUGCAGCCGAUCCUGGUUCCUUUCAAGUAAAAGACGCGAUUGGAACAAAAACUGCUAGGAAAUUCGAGACAAAUCUUCCUAGAUGUCUUUCUAGAGAAUUUGUCAAUAGACAAUUUAACAAAAUACGUCGAACACCUACUCUUUCCUUCGGUGUUUUACCCGGAUCAAAGAUGCCAUUUGCCGACAAAAAUAUGUCCUGUGCAAGGGCUGUUCACACCUGUGCGAAAUGCAAUCGGCGAUUCAUGGGAAAGGAAUCUAAAGAGAGUUUUAUACAGCAUUUAGAACACAGUUCAAAACAUCAGAACACCGAAGCUGGCGUGCCAGAAAGCUGCGGUCAUUGUGUUCGUUCCUUUUCGAGCACGAGUGCGUUACUCCAGCACCUGGAAAACAAUCGCCACCAUUUGAAAGAUUUACACCACGCCGCUUGCACGGGAAAAUUUCAACUCGUUGAGCAAUUAAUGAGAACUGAAGCCGCAAAUUGUCCCGGCGAUUCUCAUCGCCCGUCAAAACCUCAGACGGGCUACACGCCAAUGCAUUGUGCAGCCUUCGGUGGACAUGAUGAGUGCUUAAAAAUUAUGCUUAGCUGGCCCGAUGGAGACCCAAAUGUCGUUGAUCCUGCCGAUGGCCGAACUCCUGUUCACCUCGCAGCUUGGAAAGGACAUGGCGUUUGUCUCAAGUUACUGCUUAGGAAGGGUGGAAGGCUACGUGAACGUGAUUUCAGUGGAAAAACACCGAUUUCUUUAGCCAGAGAUCCAUCUUGUUUGUCUUUAAUUGUUUAUUAUUUAGCUGAGACGGAAUACAGGCUGGAUGUGGAAGGAUCAAUUGAACUUGUAUGGAAGAGUCUUUGCGGGGUAAGCAGUCCAAUAGUUUCCUCGCCAGUCAUGGAACUCCAAGACCCAUGCCAUGGUGCGGUGAUCAGUCAAUCCAACAAUGAAGAAUUUUCCAAUGAACCAUAUGAAGUCCUUGCAAGGGGUGAGUUGGCAGUUGAAAUAUUCAAUCAGGCACUACGUGAGGGAAAAGCACGCAUAUCUCGCAUGCAGCUCACUGUCAUAGGGAAUGUAGGGGUCGGAAAGACCAGCCUUGUACGUUCUCUCAGUGGGGAGGAGUUUGAAGAAGAAAGAAAAGAAACUCAUGGAAUUGACACUUCCAUGGUCGAGAAGACAGAAUUAGACGUGUCGUGGCAUGCCGCAGACCCGAACAAGUCCCAGGUGGAUGAAAUUUUAGUAGAUCAAGUUUGUCAAGGAAUUCAACGUUCCCCAAGGGUGGGCCAUCCUUGUCCUAUUCGAGGGAGACGGCUGACUCAUUCUCACCAAGGACCGUCCUUUUUGCCAAGAGGGCAACAUCCUUCUUACGUAAGGCGACUUCGUAGCAUAGAAGGUCCAUCCACUUCGGGGAGCACCAGUGCAAGCAACGGGGAGCAGACAAGCUUAGCGACAGAAUCACCUGCCUCAUUGCACAGUCUUACUCAUGAAAGGAGGUCUUCACGUGAGAUACCAAUCGAAGAGAUCAUGCGAAGGCUUAGUCUGAAUUCGGAAACGUCUUUGGGUGAGAACGAAAAGAAGUACGCUAAGAUCAGCAUUUGGGACUUUGCUGGCCAUUCUCUGUACGAAGCUAUGCAUCAUGUUUUCCUAAACAGGCGUUCCUUUUACCUUGCUGUGCUAAAUUUGGCUCGGCUGUGUAACCUUGACAGUGCCAACCAAGUUUUAGAAGAGAUUAAUUAUUGGCUCAAUUCCAUACGCGUGCAUGCUCCUCACACGACUCCUGUGUUCCUAGUGGGAACACACAGCGGCGAGGUGAGCGAGCAAGACAAGGCAACAGCAGAGAAGACGCUUUAUGAAAAAUUAACUGAGAAGUUUGGUCAACAGCUUGUAAAAAGCAAGGAAAACAGUUUUCUCUUUCCAGUAGAAAACACCCUUGGUGGCGAAGAUCCCGGUGCAGGGGCCUUAAAGAAGGCCAUCGAAAAUGAAGCAACACGCCUGAGUAAAAUGGAUGAGGAGUUUCCCCUAUCGUGGCUUGAUUUUGAGGAGGAAAUUCUGAAGUGCAGAGAGGACCAAGACUUCCCGCCAUGUGUCCGUAAGUCCGACCUAAAACAGAUGCUGGAGCAGAGUACAUCCCGUAAUAUCGAUGAUAGAGAGUUUGGAAGCAUGCUGCAGUUCUAUCACGACAGUGGUGUGAUCAUCCUGCCAGAAGAGCUAAUUGGACCAAAGACACACCACUCCGACUUAAACGAUGUAGUGGUAGUCAAUCCACAGUAUCUCGUUGACGUCAUGACCCGCCUACACGAUAUUUCCGACCACCUGAAUAUUGAUCGUGAACAUCAGAGUCAGUGGGAGAUGCUGCAAGAGCAAGGAGUAGCCAACUUCAAACUUUUGGAGUAUCUUUGGAAAGACUUCAAAAGCCCUGCCACUCAGCUUGUUGGUAUCUUGGAAGCUUGUGGUAUGCUGUGCCCAAUCUCUUCUUCUGUAGAGGAUGAAGACCGUGAAGACGGUACUAAACCAGUUAAAGGUGAUGAGAAUGAAUCAGAGAUCAGCAAAUACAUCGUACCAUUUCAUCUAAAGGAUAAAUGCUUGAAAGGAAAGUGGAAUAAGCUUUGUCGGAAAAGAUGGACUGAAAUUUGUACCUCGGACAAAGUUUUAAUGUUUGAUUUCCGUAGUUUCCUGCCUCCUGCACUCUUUCACUACUUCAUUGUUCGCACUGGCUCUAGAAGCCAAUCCAGUAAUGGUAUGAGACCGAUCAUAGCCAAAAGGAUGGCCAUAUUCUCAUUUGGAGACAGUUUCUUCAUUCUUACAGAGAUGUGUCAGAAACACAACCAAAUUCGAAUUAGGGCCCGGCACAAAAAUACCAAAAAGCCUCAUGAGUUGUUUAACAUCUUGAUGUCGAUAAUGACAGACAUCUGCCAGCGCCAGUUCCGAUUUCUCAAGUUCAGUUUCGGACCUACCUGUCCCAACCCACGUUGCCCCGGGUCAUCGAGUGAAGGUACAGUUCUUCCAGUGGACACCUCUUCUGACGAAAGUGAUGAUGGCGACGAUGAUGAGGCCGAGUGUGGUGAGCGGGAGUCCUCCGUCGACUCCUCAACCGAAAGUGUUCGUCAUCACGUAAUUUACAUAGACCCGGCUGUCGCAUCAAGGCCUUUGUGGUGUAACUCCACACCAGUCCAUGAAUUCGAAGAAAUCAAACAGUGGCUUGUUGAGCCACAAAAUACCGUUUCCAAGGUCCCAGAAGACUCUCCUUGCUAUUCAAAACCAGUUGAGCCUUGCUGCCUGGCUUUAGUCGCUAAAGAACUGGCUUAUAAAUGGAAGUGGCUUGGAAGGUCUCUCUCGGUAGCAGACACAGUCAUUGAGACUAUUCAGACUGAAAAUCAUUCAGAGGAAGAGAGAGCUUAUCAAGUCCUCACCCGAUGGAGUCGAACCAUGGGAUCCAAAGGUACAGUGCAUGAGCUGAUGAAAGCGAUCGAAGAAAUUGGCGACGUUCCACCUUUGGAGGCAUUUGAUCGACACCUUGGAGAUCGUCAUGUCGAGGCAGCUAAGCCUAUUAACUAGUUAUUCCGCUGGACUCUCGAAGGAAUUCGAAAUAUUAAUUGAAAUUUUUUUGAAAAUGGAGUCGUAAAUAAGGCCGUUUGUCUUUUUUCUCUCGGUUUUGUUGGUAAGCACGUGCCAACAAAUCUUACGUAAAGAAAUUAUUCUUGUGCUCGAAAAUUUUGAAAUUAACUCUUCAAUAAGAUAAAGCUAAUUUUAUGUCAGUGCCAGGUCGUAAGUAUUCACAUGAGUAAAACCGAUACGGUUAAAAUAUAAUUUUCAAUUCAAAUUGUUUGAUUUUGCUAACAACAUUGCUUUAAUUUCAACUUCCUUGGACCUUUUGGCGCUCAAUUUGAACUUUUUUCUCGGUGCACAAUCAGUUGACUUACUCUUAGCCGAUGGGCAUGCUUAAUUCGUUUUCAUUUACAUGCAUAUUUUAAGAAACGACCAGCCUACCACGUCCGUCUGUAUAGUAGCGAUAAAAUAUUGCGGUUAAUUAUCGCAGCGAAUGCAUCAGUAAUGAAGAAUACUCGUUCUCAUUUUCCCACCAUGCAUGUUCAUUCAGGGAAUGAACAUGCAUGGAGUUGACAAGGUUGGCAAAUUUGAUAGUAGGCUGGUGAUAGUUUACAUAAUAACGUACAUGAAAAAAUAACGCGCUUCAGAUUGGCUGGAAAUGAGUGCAUUCUUGUGUAACGCGAAUACAAAGUUGUAACACGAGUGCAAAUUACAAAUAGCGCGCGCGCCCUUGCAAAAUUUCGUCUGUCUUGACUUUCUACGAUGUUUUUUCAUGUACAUUAAUUAUUAACAGGUAAUAAUAUGAUUUCGAGUAAAAUUUGGUGUAAUAAGAACUUGUAAAUUUUUCAAAGACUACAAAAUUGCACUUGCCUUAUGUGCUUAUGCAAUUUUGAUAUCUUUGAAAAAAUUAACUCGUGCUUAUUACACCAAAUUGCACUCGAAAUCAUGUUAUUACCCAUACUAAAUCUUAUAUGAGGCGUGCUCUCAAUAGACACAAUGAUGAACAUAAAACUGAACCCAAAACAAAAAUGAAGUAAAAGAAAGAGAAGGCAGAGUUCGAGAUUUUAUCUGUUCGAAGAAAGAAGACUUUAUUUCUGUAUGGAAUAAUCUUUAAAGGAAAAUUCAAGAACAAAAAUUACAUAGAAAUGGUAUCUCUAUCAAAUCAGAGGAAUAGUGCAGUGUAUUUCAAGGUAUAAUUUUAAUACAACCAUUUCGAUCUUAAUUUUACACGUAGCAUGAUUGGGUAGUUAAUUUAGCCCUGGAAAUUCAAACUUUCAGUAAGGUGAAGAUAGGAUAUGGUAUGUCCAACUUAGUGUGUGCCUCUAAAUAGUAUUUUUUUUUGUUCGGGCUAUAUGACCCUAUAAAGAAAGGGUCAAACAGCCCUUCCCCCACCUGGCAUUCGUCAUCAGACUGGGUAAUGAACAAUUACAAAAUAUAUUUUAAUUUAAGGACCGAUAUUGUGGAAUUCAUUACUGGUAAUGAGUUGUAAUCGGACAUGCCACGUGAAAUCUUUACCUUGCGGAAGGUUUGCAAUUGCAAAAUUCACUAUACGACCAAGGCCGUGUACAAAAUUAAAAUCGAAAUAGUUUUAUUGUAAAAUGAAAUAAAAAA